AUGGCAAAAUCAAGAUAUGAAUAUGUAAAAAGUUUUGAAAAAGAUGAUUCGUUAUUGCCUAACACUUGGAUGGUUUUACGUAUAGAUGGAAGAGGUUUUCACAAGUUUUCGGAUAAGCAUAAAUUUGAAAAACCAAAUGAUAAAGCAGCUUUAGAUCUUAUGAAUAAGUGUGCACAAUCAAUUAUGAAUGAAUUUCAUGAUAUAAUAUUAGCAUAUGGACAAAUAAUUGUUAGUCAAUUUUCUUCUAAUUAUGUAUAUUAUUGGAAAGAUUAUCUUCCAUCAAAAGAAUUAUUAUAUCCACCCUCAUUUGAUGGUAGAAUCGUAAUUUAUCCUAGUGAUAAUAAUUUACGAGAUUAUUUAUCUUGGAGACAGGGAACAGUUUCAUCAGAUAAAAAUGAACUAUUAUUUUCUAAAUUUAAUAUAAAUUAUAAUAAAUUACCAGAAAUGUUUCGUAAAGGUUCUUUAUUAAUUCAUCAAAAGAUUGAAGAAAAAACCAUAAAUCAAAAAGGUUUAGAAGUUACAAGGGGAAAAAAUGUUGUUCCAAUAUUACAUGUUGAUAUUAUUAAAGAUGAGUUUUGGGAAAUUCAUUUAGAACUUGGAAUUAAAAUAUAA